AGCACUUCCGUUCCGGUUCCAUUCAUCGCCGACGGUGGGUUCUGCAGCAACAUGUUCACUGCUGUUCUCAUAAUCCUCUCGCUUUUCUCUCUCACAAUCCCAUCAUCAUCUUCUUCCGAUCAACAACCCCAAACUACUGCUGAUGUAUGCAUCAUUGGUACCGGCAUCGCCGGCUCAUCUGUCUCUCACUUCCUCCGCCAAUACUCCCCGACCAUCGCUCAAAUCCGCAUGUUCGAGCGUCAUCCAGUCGUCGGAGGCCGUAUGGCAACAGUCACCAUCGCCGGAGAAACAUUUGAAGCCGGCGCCUCAAUUCUUCAUCCCAAGAACUACCACGCCUUGAACUUCACGCACAUGUUGAAUCUCAAAGUCAAGGGGCCUUCGCCUUCUGAAAAUUCUUUCUCGCUCGGCAUCUGGGACGGCCAACAGUUUGUAUUCAAAACUAUUGACUCCAAGUCAAAGAGUCAGCUGGUUCAGUAUUUAGUCUCCCUCGCUAAUUCGAUACGGAUGUUCAUCCGCUAUGGCAUUUCUCUCCUUAAAAUGACCGGUUUUGUUGAGGUUACAGUGGAUAAUUUCUUGAAGUACUACGAAAGUAGGGAGUCAAGGCCAAUAUUCAGCAAUGUGGAGGAUAUGCUCAAGUGGGCAGGCUUGUACAAUUUGACAACACAGACAUUAGAGGACGAAUUAGUUGGUCUCAAAUAUUCUCCUCUGCUCAUACAAGAGCUUAUAACUGUUAUAACAAGAAUCAACUAUGGUCAGAGUGUCCGUAUCAGUGGACUUGCUGGUGCUGUUUCUCUGGCUGGAUCAGGAGGAGACUUAUGGGCAGUUGAAGGAGGAAACUGGCAGAUGGCUGCUGGAUUAGUCAACCGUUCAGAUGUUACUUUGCAUCUCCAAGAAGAAAUAGUAUCCGUCACAAAUCUUGGUGGUUUUUAUGAGCUUAACUCCACUCAAGGAAACAGUUACACAUGUCAAGUGACGGUGGUUGCUACCCCUUUAGAUGAGCUGAACAUUCAGUUCACCCCUGUGAUUUCUAUCCCAGAAAGAAAAUUACAGCAUACACAUGCAACUUUUGUUAGAGGCCUCUUGAAUCAUGCAUACUUUGGGUUGGAUGCAGUAUCAGAUAUUCCAGAACUGGUAGGCACCAUAGAGAGUCCUAAGCUUCCAUUUACAUGCAUCUCUGUUCUCAAGGAACAUAGCGCGGAAGAUAUGACUUACAAGAUGUUCUCUCGUCAAAGUUUGACGGACACAUUGUUGGAUCAAAUCUUUAGCACAAGGAAGGAGACAUUGAGAAUCAACUGGGGUGCAUACCCUCAUUACCAUGCUCCUGAGAAGUUUGCUCCAUUUAUGUUGGAUGAUAUGCAUUUGUAUUAUGUAAAUGCUUUUGAGAAUGCAGCCAGCACCAUGGAAACUAGUGCUGUUGCCGCUGAGAACAUAGCUCGACUCAUUAUCUCAAGAUUAUCCGGCCAGCAGCAGCCCAUGAGUUUGUAUGGCUUGAAGACCUCUACCUCUGAUUCAAACCUUCAGCAUCCAGAGUUAUGAGCCCUCUAUAUAUACACACAUCAUGUUUUGUUCAUUGUAACGUUGAUGUAAUUUUGAGAUCUUGUCUCUUUUACAUAAAUGGUUUAUGAAUCCUAUGCUCUAUGUUGUUGAUGUAACGUUAGAGUUGUCACCCUAUAUUAUAUAUAUGUACAUAUAUUAUCCUCUUAUGUGAAAGGAAUCAACAGACUUCAGC